AUGUCUGACCGCCCACCAUUCCUGGCUCAGACGACGCAGUCGACCUCCUCCUCCAUCCCAAGCACAACCUCAGGCACGUCCACCAGCACAGGCACAUCCGUAGGAACAGGGGCAGGGACAAGCGAUAAUCCAUCCAAGUCCUCCUCGUUCCCUCAGUUCUUCCACCGCCACAGCCGAGGAUCCAGCGUGGGCUCAGGCAUCGCGUCCCCCCUCCUGGAACCACCCACUUCCCCCUCCCGAGGCCAUUUCUUCAGCUCCUUCUCUCAUUCUCGGUCUCGUUCACAUUCACGAGCAAAGUCCCCUGCCCCAGCUCCAAUUGAUACAACCGCCACACCUGACCAUCACACCCACGGCGGUCAACGAACCACCUCGCCCACGCUCAUGAGCCCGGACUCUGCUGCGGAAGAGUGCCACGACAAGGAGAAAAAGAAGAAACGGCAUAGUAGCGGCGCAGGUCAUAAGCGACGGAGCAGCACCAUGACGCAGGUCGGUAGACAUGGGAAUGACUGGCUCUUCAAUGGGUUCAGCGUGAGGGACCGUGUGGGGAAGAUCUUGGAUCACGACAAGUAG